CAGUCCUGGUUUAACUUGUUUGAGCCAGGCUGUACUCUCUCUCUCUCUCUCUCUCUCUCUCUCUGAAAGAAGGAGAGAGCUCUGCCAGCUUUUAAUCAAUAACUCGUGGAAUUCAGAAAUAGAAGUAGGUCCUGCCUGCUCCAGUCACACCGAACGCAAUCUCUAGGGCUUUGGGCUUCUCCUCUUUCACAUUCCGCUCCCUCUCUCUCUCACUUUCUCUCGCUUGCUCUAUCGCUCUCUUUCUCUCUCUCCUGCCCUCACACAGAGGGACACUCUCACCCUUACUAACUCAGCCGUCUGGAUACAGCAACACUUGUGCACUCUCGUGCGCCAGGCGACCAUGGCCGAGCCCAUGUCCCCGGAUUACUUCACCUGCCAUCUCUGCGCGAGCCUCCUGAGGGAUCCAGUGGCGAUCCCGUGUGGUCACAGCUUCUGCAUGGACUGCAUCAGCGGCUACUGGGAUGAGGCGGACUACACGGGCAUCUACAUCUGCCCACAGUGCAGGAUUACGUUCACCCAGAGGCCUGUGCUCAGGCCCAAUGCCACCCUCACCAAAGUGGCAGAGAAGAUCAAGAAGACGGGCCUGAACUUGGCACUGCCGACCAACGGAAGCCUCGCCGGCCCCUCGGACGUGCCGUGCGACUUCUGCUCGGGAAAGAAGCUCAAGGCAGUUAAGUCAUGUCUGAACUGCCUGGCAUCGUACUGUGAGAAGCACCUGAAGCCCCAUUACGAGUCGGCCACCUUCAAGAGGCACAAACUGGUGGAUGAACUGGGAAACCUGGACAGGAAGAUCUGCCCGCAGCACCAGAAGAGCCUGGAACUCUUCUGCCGCACCGACCAGAUGUGCAUCUGUGCCAUCUGCACAGUCAGCGAACACAAGGGCCAUGACAUUGUGUCGGCCGAGGCGGAGAGGAGCGAGAAGCAGAAACUUCUUGGAGUGUCUCAAGCAGAGAUCAAACAAAAAUGCCAGCAGAGGACCAAAGAGCUGGAGGAACUAAAGACAGCUGUGGACUCCCUGAAAAGUUCAGCCCAAAGGGCCAUGGCCGAGAGCAAGAAGAUGUUUGAUGAGAUGAUCACCUCUAUUGAGAGGAUGAGGUCAGAGGUCACCAAGCUGAUCAACAUCAACGAGAAAGCUGCGUUUAGCCAGGCUGAGGGCCUAAUGGAGCGGCUGGAGCAGGAGAUUGAGGAGCUCAAGAAGAAAGAGACGGGUCUGAAGCAGCUCUACAGUACCGAGGACCACAUUCACUUCUUACAGAAUUUCAACUAUCUUUGCACACCGACCGACGACGGCUUCAUCCCCAAAGUGUCUCUGAAUCCUGACUUCUCAUUCAGCGCCGCUAGGAAAGCUGUAGCUGAGAUCAAAGAGAGGCUAGAGGAGUUGGGCCGAGAAGAACUGCUGAAGGUCUCAAAGACAGUUAAUGAAGUGCCUGUUUACACUGUGGAGAAUCGUACCUUUCGAGAGAAAAGCAGCCGAGUCAAAGAGAUCCAUACAGUAGACAGCGCCCCACCUCCCCACCCCAGGAGCAGGUCAGAGUUUGUGAAAUACUUCUGCCAGCUCCGCCUGGAUCCCAGCACAGCUUAUAAGGAGCUCUACCUGUCCGAGGGGAACAAGAAGGUAUCGCGGACCCGCAACCUGCAGCCGUAUUCCGACAACCCAGAGCGCUUUGACAACUUUGCGCAGGUUCUAUGUCGCGAAGCUUUGUCUGGUGGCCGCUUCUACUGGGAGAUUGAGUGGAGCGGGGAGUUCUCUGUGGGCGUGGCCUACCGGGGCAUUAGUCGCAAGGGCAAAGGCUCCCUGUGCUUGCUGGGGUACAAUGAUAAAUCCUGGAGCCUCCUGUGCUCCGACUCAGGCUAUUCCGCCUGGCACAACAAGGUGGACAAGCCCAUCAGUGCACCUUACUCUCCCAGAAUAGGGGUGUACCUGGAUCACAGCGCAGGGGUGCUGUCCUUCUAUACCAUUGGUGAGACCAUGACGUGCCUGCAUCGCUUUGAGACGACCUUUACUGAGCCGCUCUACCCUGGGUUUGGUGUCGGAACAUCUGUUAAGAUCUGCCAACUGAAAUGAACACUGAAAUGAAUGUUUUGCAUUUUCACAAAGAGCCCAAAAUGAAGGAUUGAAUAUUCUCAGAAGUGUUUUUUUUUAUUAUUGAUUUUCUAUUUUUCUACAUCAUGUUUUGAAUUUUAUGUUGCUUUCAACUCUCAUUGAAGCUAUUGUGUGCAAAAACUAAAUUUUUAUUUCUAAAUUGCUACAAUUUAUUUAGGUCUAAUCCCACCCCCAAAUGUUAUUCAAACAUGCCAUUUUAUGCUGUUCUUUGUCUAUUAAUAUUGUUUUAAACACUAACCCUUGUAUUUAUCCAAACACUGCGUGCCACAGUCCUCUUUCUGAUAAACAAAGUACACUAUUUGUGAACAAUGACCUAUUAAUAUUCAAAUUAAAGUUGUAUUAAUUUUCAAA